UGUGCUUGCAAUGAACAUCACUCACUGCUUCCAAGCUUUGUGAGAUUUAUUUCUAGUCGACUUGUUUUGCUAAGUCGAUACAAUAAGUUCAUACAAAUUUUGUUGAACAUAAACAUAAACAACGUUGAAGAUUGAGUCAGCGAUAAUUUAUUGAUGUUUCAUAGUUGGUUUAAAUAGUGUUAAAAGUGCGAAUCAAUUUUCUUCUCCGUGAUACCUGAAACGAUACCCCAAGCUCGAAAGUGACUAGGUAUGAUAUCGGUUCAAAUUAAAACAGAGCCGGGUGUUCUCGGAAACCCGCAACAAAUUUGUAGACUUUGCAUGAGCAAAGAAUCGCUCGACGAUCUGUUCAAGGAGAAGGGGCUUCAUCAAUGGAUAGCGGAUUUUCUAUCGAUACAGAUAACUACUGAGGACCGUUUCAGCAAAGCCAUAUGCGCCAUGUGUAGGCAACGGUUAACCGAGUUUCAUCACUUCCGGUUACGCAGCCAGGAAGUACAAACCGUACUGCAGUCUAUGGUUCAGGACGAAAAUAGUGAACCAGAGAAGGAAGCGAGAGGGCGCAAGACAGUACAAGAAACCAAGGAACAUAAAUGUGUACGGUGCGGAAAAGCGUUUUCAAAACGACAUCAUUUGGACAAACAUGUGAAGAUUCACAAGAAGCAUGUGACUAAUGGUGGUCAGAAUAAAACUGAUUCGAGUACCAAUAUUGGAUCAUUAAAGUCAAGGAAUGAAACUAGCCAAAGACAUCCUGGACAGCAACCUAAAAGACUAUUUCCGGUGACAGAUGGCGAUCCCUCAAUUGCAAUGAGGAUAUGAUCGACAUAGUUGAAGUGAAAAUAGAGGCCCAGACUCGCACGGAUAAUGAUGCCACAUUACCAGGAAUAUUAGAAGACCCUUUUUUAACUUUGAUGGAAAUUGAUCCGAUCAGAGCCAACAGUGAUCAGUCACUUCCUGAGGAAGCAGCAAUGGGAACAGAUGAUUCAUUCCAAUGUAACAAAUGCCAUAAGAUGUUGCAGUCAGGCCGGGCACUGUGGGGUCACUAUAGGGCCGUCCAUGGACCAAAAAACCAUACGUGCCGUAUUUGUGAAAUUGCGUUUCCCUUUCUGAAAGAAUUGAAGAAACAUGAGGCUACUAAUAAACAUAUAAAUAAGUUGAAAGAAGUACAAGAAAAUAAGAAACUUUCAGUGAAAGAGAAACUACUUGAAACGAAGAAAAAUCAAACAGAUACUGAGAAAGCUUCAGAGAACAGUCCUGAUCUGAAUCAGCAUACGAUAGAUAAUAAUGACAACCGAAACCAAAGUUCGAAACCUGAUCGAGCGUUGAAACGGAAAAGGCAGUUGAAAAACAAAGACGUAGAAACAAAAGAGCAAACAAUCGAUAAUGGAUUGGAUAAUGAUUUUUCAAUCGGAGACGAUGAUGCAGAUUACAGACCAGCUAACUCCUCCAGCGCUCAACUAUUGCAAGGACUCGUCAGCGACGAACAACUGCGCUGUGAUAUAUGCCAUGAGGUGUUUUCGAACGAGAAGAAAUUGAUGCUUCACAAAAAAUACCAUGGUUCUAAAACUUAUGACUGUCCCAAAUGCGGAAAAACGUUUCGAAAUCGAUUUGUGCUCCAGGAGCAUAUAUCGUCCCAUGGUACCGUUCAAGAACGCAAGCGAACAAAACCAACGGUCAAAGGAAAUAACGUAGCUAAACCGUACGAGUGCGCCGUAUGCCAUAAAGUUUUUAAGCUGCUGAGCUCCCUCCGGAAUCACAGAAAUCAAGUGCAUGGGGCCCGAGUUCACGAAUGCCACAUAUGCGGUUCUAAGUUUGCUACACGCUUCGAUUUGGGAUGGCACAUGAAGAUUCACUACGGCCAGAGCGAUGAGCGAUGACCCAUUACAGCAGAACGAAGUAGAAGACGCAUUCAGCAUCUCGAAGGUGGAUGCAAAGUCUUAGCAAGUACAAGGAAUUUCUCCUAAUAGAUCGUUUUCGUGAUAUACCGUACAGAUCUCACGAAUAGAACUUCAUUUUUUGAAUAGAAUGAAAGUGAUAAACGCGGACUGAAGUUGAAUUAUACGUAAUGAAAUUUGAGCAGCUUA